UAAAAAGUUGGCCUAAAUUUCAUCACUCUUCAAGCAUAAAAUUACACUUAAGUUUUUAUUUUCCUAAUUAUUUCAACUCGAAUCCUGUGUGUUUAGAAAUGUCCAAGAUGAAGAAGUUAACUGGCUCAUUCCGCUAUACACAGUGGGACCCUUGCCUAAUAGUGUCUCAGAUAGUGGCAAUGCAGUGCGUAUUGUACCUUACGUUAAGUCUUUUGAUCGCUGUUAUGCAGGAUCUGACUACUUCGACAAGGACUUUGGAUCAUCUCUUUCAGUACCAUGAAAUCCAAGUGAAAGACAAUGAAGGUAGAGCAGUGAUUAUAGCAUUUGUACUAAAUGCUAUAAUAGGAGCUUUGAUGCUGUGGAUGUUGGUAGGAAGGACCAAGUUGUGCUUAGAUUUUAGUUGCACCUUCUACGGUAUUCAUUUACUGACAUGUUGGUUCUACAACAACAGUUUCCCCACCACAUUCUCCUGGUGGGCGCUCAACAUAGCUUGCGCUUCGGUCAUGUGCGUAGCUGGUGAGUUCCUCUGCCUACGCACCGAGCUUCAAGCCAUUCCACUUACUAACAUCGGCGCUAAAGUGGAUUUAUGAAAGUUAACCGUUAUAUUCACAUAAUGGUUGGACUAUUCGUUGAUAGCUGGACUAUGCCGGGUGGACUAUUUCUGUGCAAUGGCUGGAAUCCUAACGAUGUGUGAAAAGUUACUCUGUACGUGAAUGUGUAAAAAAUAAGUCUGAUAAAUAUGGGUACAUGACCAAUGACUAACGUUCUUCAUUACGAUUUAUAUAAUGUAGACUUCAGUUUUCAUAAAGAUAAUUUAUUAAAAAAGCCGAUUCCGUUUAUAGAACCAUGAUAGGUGGUCUGGAUUGUUUUUUAUGCGCAUUUCUCUAAAACGUGACGUGAAUGCAAAAAAUUAAAAGAGAAAUUUGGUAAUAAAUAACUAUUUUAGUGACAGCUGACUUUCUGAUAGACGAUGGGUUAAACCAAGAAAAUAUUACGAAGCUUUCUCUUUGUUAAGCCUAAUGUUAUUAUUCUAAUGAGUGAACACCGUCCACCAUAGUAUCUGGAUGAGCAUUUAUCAUAAAAUGUGCAUUCAUCUUAUAAAGUGAAUAGCAGGAAAAUGUACCAGUGAAAAUGAAAAUGAAAAUGACCUCUAAGUAAUAUUGGCGCUAAAGUGGAUUUAUGAAUUUUAACUGUUGUAUGUACAAAAUUCCUCUCUCGAACCUGUGCUUACACAAAAAAACUUAAAAUGAAGCGGUGAUAGCUCAUUGGGCAGCAGCUCGACUUCCCUUUCGGG